UUCGCAUAAUAGAGAGAAUGGGGAGCGAAAGUAGAAAAGGGCGAAGACGAAGAAGAUCAGAUGAGUCAGCAUCGGAGUCACCUUCACAGUCCGAUGAGUCAGACUCCGACAAACGCCGGAGAAGUAGUCAAAGCAGUAGUCGCCGGCGACGGCGGGAUUCAGAUAGUUCCGGUGAUGACGGCGGUAGGGUUGGGAGGAAGAAAAGUUCCUCCAGGGCCAUCACAGAAGAGGAAAUAGCACAGUACAUGGCCAAAAAGGCACAGAGAAAGGCAAUGAAGGUCGCUAAAAAGUUAAAGACUAAUACGGUGUCAGGUUAUUCCAACGAUUCAAAUCCAUUUGGUGACUCUAAUCUCAAUGAGACGUUUGUUUGGCGUAAGAAGAUUGAGCGUGAUGUUUCUCAAGGUGUACCUAUUGAUACCUUUUCAGUUAAAGCUGAGAAAAAAAGACAAAAAGAAAGGAUGGCGGAAAUUGAAAAAGUGAAAAAGAGAAGAGAGGAAAGGGCACUUGAGAAAGCACAACAUGAGGAAGAAAUGGCGUUGUUAGCCAGAGAACGUGCUCGAGCUGAGUUCCAGGACUGGGAAAAAAAAGAAGAGGAGUUUCAUUUUGAUCAAAGCAAAGUUAGGUCAGAGAUUAGAUUGCGUGAAGGGCGUGCCAGGCCAAUCGAUGUCCUGACCAAGCACCUCGAUGGCUCCGAUGAUUUGGAUAUAGAAAUAAAUGAACCAUACAUGGUCUUCAAGGGUUUGACUGUGAAAGAAAUGAACGAUCUUCGCGAUGACAUCAAAAUGCAUCUGGACCUUGACAGGGCAACACCAACCCACGUAGAAUAUUGGGAGGCACUCCUGGUGGUGUGUGAUUGGGAGCUAGGUGAAGCUCGAAAAAAGGAUGCACUUGAUCGAGCUAGGGUGCGUGGAGAAGAACCUCCUGCUGAGCUGCUUGCAGAAGAAAGGGGUUUGCAUUCCAGUGUUGAGCCGGAUGUGAAGAGGCUGUUGCAGGGGAAGACACAUGCAGAAUUGGAGGCUUUACGGAUUCACAUUGAGUCAGAGAUGCGUACUGGCACAGCAAAGGUGGUUGAGUACUGGGAGGCCAUUUUAAAACAUCUCCACAUAUAUAAGGCCAAGGCUUGUUUAAAGGAAAUUCAUGCUAAAAUGUUACGAAAGCAUUUACAACGCCUUGAGCAACCAUUGGAGGAUGAAGAUAAAUUGGAGAAUGCUCAUGUUAUGAUACCUGAGGAGGAAGAUACUGAGGAUGAUGAUAAAGUCCGAUCUGCAGAUGAAUCAUUUUCACCAGAGCCCAUUAGAGAGGAUGAAGAAGCUGAAAAUGAGGCUGGAUCAUUUUCGCCAGAACUGUUGCAUGGUGAUGACAAUGAGGAAGCUAUUGACCCUGAAGAGGACAGGGCUAUACUGGAGCGGAAACGUAUGUCUGUAUUAGAAGAGCAGCAAAGACGAAUUCAGGAAGCAAUGGCUUCAAAGCCAGCUCCAUCAGAAGAUAAUUUUGAGAUGAAAGCCAUAAAAGCUAUGGGAGCUAUGGAAGAUGGAGAUGCAGUGUUUGGAUCCGGUGCUGAAGUGAACCUAGAUUCACAGGUGUAUUGGUGGCAUGACAAAUACAGGCCUAGGAAGCCGAAGUAUUUCAACCGUGUUCAUACUGGAUAUGAGUGGAACAAAUAUAAUCAGACUCACUAUGAUCAUGACAACCCACCUCCAAAGAUUGUCCAAGGGUACAAAUUUAAUAUUUUCUAUCCUGAUCUUGUGGACAAGAUAAAAGCCCCAACUUACACCAUUGAGAAGGAUGGCAGCAGUGGGGAGACUUGCAUUAUAAGGUUCCAUGCAGGGCCACCAUAUGAAGACAUUGCUUUUCGCAUUGUAAACAAAGAAUGGGAGUACUCUCAUAAGAAAGGUUUUAAGUGCACGUUUGAACGUGGAAUUCUACAUGUGUACUUCAAUUUCAAACGCCACCGCUACCGCAGAUAAUUUCAUCAGGCAAUGGUUCGUUUUCUGUUGUGUUUCUCGUACUAGUUUGACGAAGGCUACGUGGCUGCCAUAUUUAAGAGUAGAGUUUAUGCCACGGUGCUGGCACUAGAGAUAGACGGUCAGGAAAUUGACAGCUCGGAAUGAUACUAUGGAGAAAUUCUAAGGUACUUUGAGAGUAAUACUCCCAACGGUGGAGAUUUGAUCUAAACCUUCUUAUACUAUUUUAAAUUUAAUCUAAUGACAUGUAUGGUUAUGUUGUUUUCGUGUAACGUUUUUAAUGGAUUGAGUGUAGUACUCUUACAAAACAUAAGCAUCUCGAAACCAAGGGUCUCUCCAGAGGGUGAGAGAUAUUAAUUACAUACCUUCACCUUUUUUGAUUCCACAUACUAAUAUCUAUUAUCUGUGAAUCCUAUCUGGAUUAU